AUGAGGCCUUCUGGAAUUCGCAAUGUCAACCGUACACGCCGUUGGAGGGGUGUUGCUGCGUCUGCGUCUGCUCCUGCUGCAGCUGCCAGCAUCUCGCGGUCAGGAGGACCAGCCGUGUCGGAGGCAGUCAUUGCGGGUGGAGGGUUGGCCGGCCUCGCAUUGGCUAUCGGCCUCCGGAACAUUGGGAUUGACGCGCAGGUGUAUGAGGCCCGCAGCGAGGUGGGAGGAGGCGAGGGAACCCUCAUCACCCUCUAUCCCAACGGGCUCAGGGCACUCAACCGAAUCGACCCUGCCAUUGUGCCCCAGCUGAUAUCCCGUGGAGUACCAAACCCCACCGUUCUCAGCCGCUCUUUAACCGGCGAACUUCUUUUUCAGUGGGACCUUUCGUCCAAUAUGACCCCCCGCUUCGGCUUUCCCAUGCUCUGCAUCCGCUGGCAAGAGGUGCUUGACGUGCUGCGGGGAAUGCUGCCAAACGAUGCCAUCCACACCGGUCACAAGCUCGUGGGGUUUACGCGGAGAGAGAAGGAGGCAGAGGGGGGACGGGGUGGCGAGGGGAGUGACGCAGGCAUGGGGAGUGGCUCGGUGAAAUGCAUUUUUGAGACGGUUUUCGGCGGUGAAGAGCGGUUGCUGGAGGUUGAGACCCCUGUGCUGCUGGGAGCGGACGGCAUUCACUCAGAGACACGAAAACACCUGCUGGAGGGGGAAGAGGGGCGGAGUGGGAGCAGUGGGGCAGCAGGCGGGGGAGUGAGUCCACGGGACAACGGCAGAACCAUCUGGAGGGCCAUCAUUGACAGUUCCCUCUGCCCGCACCCCCUGCUGCAGCCACGGCACGCACUCUCUUUUAUCGGCCUCAACCGCACUGCAACCGUCGUCGACACUGGAGGAGGAUGUCAGAAUCACUAG